GAGCUGUCAAUGGAUGGGUUUCUCUAUAUAAGACACACAGUGCCAGGCAGGGACAAGGAAACGCUCCUGGGAGCCUGAUAAGACGCCAGCGUACACCAGCACCCUCUCUCUAUCAUACGAUUAAUCAACAGGCAGAAUGAAGAGCAUCCAGUAUUUGGUUGGAUUUCUACUCCUCAUCAUUGUACAAAGCAGCUGGCAAAUUCCUAUUGAAGACACAGAGGAAAAUUCCAGUGUAAUGUUAGAAGACAUGCUAUAUAAUAAUCCAACUAACAUGAAAAGGCACUCAGAAGGAACAUUCUCAAACGAUUACAGCAAAUAUCUGGAGACGAGAAGAGCUCAGGAUUUCAUACAAUGGCUGAUGAAUUCAAAGAGAAGUGGCUCCCACACAAGACGGCAUGCAGACGGUACAUACACCAGUGAUGUGAGCUCAUACAUACAGGAUCAGGCAGCUAAGGAGUUUGUGUCCUGGCUGAAAAUGGGGAGAGGCAGAAGAGAAUAGAGAAGUUCCCUUCAUCAAGAGAGAAGCACUUCAUACCUUUUAUACCAGAAAGAGACACUCUAUGACACUCUGUUGGACCACCUAUUCCAUCAUACCAUAUUUUAUAAGGAACUGUGGUGUCAUUGCCUAAAACAAACCAUGUUUGAAAUAAACCU